AUGGCUCUCAAGGAGAGACUCAGGACCUGGAAGAGACUCUUCUGUUGGCUGAUCCUACUUGCGCUUGGCCUCUUAGGGCUGCUCCAGCAUGGGCUCUCUAUAGUCAGGCAUCUGGAAACCCUCAUCCCCAUGGGUGUCUGCCCUUCUGCCAGAAUGGCCCUGCUGAGAGACAACUUCACGGGUCUCCUGAAUCCCUGGGCCCGGCCUGAUGUCCUGACCUGUACCUCCUGGGGGGCCCCCAUUAUUUGGGACAGCACCUUCAACCCAGCUGUGGCCCAGCAAAAGGCUCUGCAGCAGAACUUCACCAUUGGGCUGACAGUCUUUGCUGUAGGCAGAUACCUGGAGAAGUACCUGGCGCGCUUCCUGGAGACGGCCGAGCAGCACUUCAUGGUGGGCCAGCGCGUGGUGUACUACGUGUUCACCGAGCGCCCGGCCGCCGUGCCCCGCGUGGCGCUGGCCCCGGGCCGCCGGCUGCGCGUGGAACGCGUGGCCCGCGAGCCGCGCUGGCAGGACGUAUCCAUGCAGCGCAUGCGCACGCUGCACGAGGCGCUGGGCGGGCAGCUGGGCCGCGAGGCGCACUUCGUGCUCUGCAUGGACGUGGACCAGCACUUCCGCGGCGCCUUCGGGCCCGAGGUGCUGGCCGAGUCGGUGGCGCAGCUGCACGCCUGGCACUACCACUGGCCGCGGUGGCUGCUGCCGUACGAGCGCGACGUGCGCUCCACCGCCGCGCUGGCGCUGGGCGAGGGCGACUUCUACUACCACGCGGCCGUGUUCGGGGGCAGCGUGGCGGCGCUGCGCGGGCUGACAGCACACUGCGCGCGGAAUCUGCGGCGGGACCGCGAGCGCGGCCUGGAGGCGCGCUGGCACGACGAGAGCCACCUCAACAAGUUCUUCUGGCUGCACAAGCCGGCCAAGGUCCUGUCGCCAGAGUUCUGCUGGAGCCCCGAGAUCGGCCGGCGGGCCGAGAUCCGCCAGCCGCGCCUGCUUUGGGCGCCCAAAGAGUACGCCCUGCUGCGCGACUAGGCCCCCCACCGGCCCAGGAAGAGGGGGGGCCCUGAAGCCGUGCGGGCGCCCCGGAGGGCGGCGAGAGUUUGGACGCAAACAGCCCUGCCCGCUCCGGCCAGGUGCCCGGCCUUGGGAUCGUGGAGGUGGGAGGAGGAGCGUGGCCUUUGGGGAGCUUCUCGCUGGGAGGGAAAGUUCCCCUUUCCCCCACUUUCAACAGCGACCGACAACGACGCACGCUGGGCAGUAGCGCCUUGGUCAGGCUGCCUCUAGACUUUUCGCCUCUGACCUUACUGGAUUCAGCUGAUGCCUCCUGGAGAGCUGUUUUAGCCCCCGUCACCCACCGCCACCCCAACCCCCUUUUUGAUAAGGAGACUGAGACGCAAAAAGGGAACAUAAUUGCCUAAGGACACAGCAUCUUGUGAGUCAGUCUGGGCAGCCGCUGCAGAGCCAGGACUGGCCCUCCGAAAAGACAGUAGCUUCUGGGCGAACAGGAGAAAGCUUCUGCUGCAGGGGAAACGUGGUGGCAUCUGAGUCCUU